UUUUCCCCCCGCUAUUUUUCUCUUUCGACCGGGAGGAUUUAUUCAUCCCUCUCUCCCUCUCUCCCUCUCUCUCCGUGUCUGUUCUUCAUGGUGGAUGCGGAGCCGCUUCUCGCACCGAGAUGCAACAGAUAACGAGCUUCUCGCUUCUCUUCCACCUUCACGCGCUCUUCUGGGGAUGUACGCUCGCGGGAGCUCCCAGUGUGCAGAUAGGUGGCCUGUUCCCCAGAGGAGCGGAUCAGGAGUACAGCGCGUUCCGGGUCGGUAUGGUUCAGUUCUCCACACCCGAGUUCCGUCUCACUCCUCACAUCGACAAUCUGGAGGUGACCAACAGCUUCGCGGUCACCAACUGCUUCUGUUCACAGUUCUCACGAGGAGUUUAUGCCAUUUUCGGAUUCUACGAUAAGAAGUCUGUGAACACGAUAACGUCGUUCUGCGGAACGCUGCACGUCUCCUUCAUCACUCCGAGUUUUCCUCUGGACGGAACGCAGCAGUUCAUCCUGCAGAUGAGGCCCGACAUUAAAGGACCCUUACUGAGCCUCAUCGAGUACUACAAGUGGGACAAAUUCGCUUAUCUGUACGACAGCGACCGAGGACUGACCACUCUACAGGUGGUGCUGGACACGGCAGCCGAGAGGAAGUGGCAGGUGACGGCUAUAAACGUGGGCAACAUGAAGGACGACAAGAAAGACGAGGCAUAUCGCUCGCUGUUCCAGGAUCUGGAGAACAAGAAGGAGAGGAGAGUGAUCCUGGACUGUGAACAGGAAAAAGUCAAAGACAUCAUGGAGCAGAUUAUAACGAUCGGGAGGCACGUUAAAGGAUAUCACUACAUCGUAGCCAACCUGGGCUUUGUGGAUGGAGACCUGUCCAAAAUUCAGUACGGUGGAGCAAACGUGUCAGGAUUCCAGAUUGUGGAUUUUGAAGAUCCUCUAGUGUCCAAAUUUGACCAGCGCUGGGAAGCUUUGGAAGAAAAGGAAUAUCCCGGAGCCGACAGUAAGAUCAGGUACACUUCAGCAUUGACGUACGACGCCGUGCAGGUGAUGACGGAAGCGUUUCGUUACCUGCACAAGCAGAGGAUCGACAUCUCGCGCAGGGCUAAUAACGGAGACUGUCUGGCUAACCCGGCCGUGCCGUGGGCCCAGGGUGUGGAGAUCGAACGUGCGCUAAAACAGGUGCGCGUCGAAGGUCUAACCGGGAACAUCCAGUUCGAUCAGUACGGCAGGAGAGUGAAUUACACCGUCCAUGUCAUGGAGCUGAAGAACAACGGUCCUGUUAAGAUUGGUUACUGGAAUGAAAUGGACAAGAUGGCGGUCACAAAAUCGGACCUUUUCCCCAAUGAUACGAUGGGUCUGGAGAACAAGACGGUGAUAGUCACUACCAUCCUGGAAGCACCGUACGUGAUGCUGAAGAAGAACGCGGACCUGUUUUUGGAUAACGAGCGGUACGAGGGUUACUGUGUCGACCUGGCAGCCGAAAUCGCCAAGCACUGCGGCUUUAAAUAUCGCCUGAAAAUAGUAGGGGAUGGAAAAUACGGAGCCCGAGACGCAGAGACGAAGAUCUGGAACGGGAUGGUCGGAGAGUUGGUUUAUGGGAAAGCCGAUAUCGCCGUGGCUCCGUUGACCAUCACGCUGGUCAGAGAGGAAGUGAUUGACUUCUCGAAGCCCUUCAUGAGCCUGGGAAUCUCCAUCAUGAUCAAAAAGCCGCAGAAGUCCAAGCCGGGCGUGUUUUCGUUCCUGGACCCUCUGGCGUACGAGAUCUGGAUGUGUAUCGUGUUCGCCUACAUCGGCGUGAGCGUCGUGCUCUUCCUGGUCAGCCGUUUCAGCCCGUACGAGUGGCACACGGAGGAGUACGAGGACGGACAGAUCCAGACCAGCGAGUCUACGAAUGAAUUUGGGAUAUUUAACAGCCUCUGGUUCUCGCUCGGAGCCUUUAUGAGACAAGGAUGCGAUAUUUCACCAAGGUCUCUCUCGGGCCGUAUCGUGGGCGGCGUGUGGUGGUUCUUCACUCUGAUCAUCAUCUCCUCGUACACCGCCAACCUGGCUGCGUUUCUCACCGUGGAGAGGAUGGUGUCGCCCAUCGAGAGCGCCGAGGAUCUGGCCAAGCAGACUGAGAUCGCUUACGGGACGCUCGACUCCGGAUCGACCAAAGAGUUUUUCAUGCGAUCCAAAAUUGCUCUCUUUGAGAAGAUGUGGGCGUACAUGCGCAGCGCCGAGCCGUCCGUCUUCGUGAAAACGACGGCGGAGGGAGUGAUGCGAGUGCGCAAGUCGAAAGGGAAGUACGCCUACCUGCUGGAGUCCACCAUGAACGAGUACAUCGAGCAGCGAAAGCCCUGCGACACCAUGAAGGUCGGCGGGAACCUCGACUCGAAGGGCUACGGCAUCGCCACGCCCAAAGGAUCCUCAUUAAGAAAUGCGGUUAACCUCGCAGUUCUAAAACUGAAUGAGCAAGGCCUGUUGGACAAAUUGAAAAACAAAUGGUGGUACGACAAAGGCGAGUGCGGCAGCGGGGGAGGUGAUUCCAAGGAGAAGACGAGUGCGCUCAGCCUGAGCAACGUGGCCGGUGUGUUCUACAUCCUGGUGGGCGGUUUGGGCCUGGCCAUGCUGGUGGCUCUGGUCGAGUUCUGUUACAAGUCGCGCGCCGAGGCCAAGCGCAUGAAGGUGGCAAAGAGUGCACAGAAUAUUAAUCCCACUUCCUCGCAGAAUUCUCAGAAUUUUGCCACUUAUAAGGAAGGGUACAACGUGACCUUUUCGGAUGCGAUGAGGAAUAAGGCGAGGUUAUCUGUCACUGGGAGCACAGGGGAGAACGGCCGUGUCAUGAGUCCCGAGUUCCCUAAAGGCGUCCACCCUGUGCCCUACGUAGGGCCCGACGUUGGCAUGAACGUCAGCUUAACCGACCUUUCAUGAGGGAAACCCCCCCCGCCGAGUGCCUUAAAAUGGUUUAUCCCUUCCUUUUUCUCUCUCCUUCAGUCUGUUUCUCUCUCUCUCUCUCUCUCUCUCUCUCUCUAUUUAUAUCCCGGAUGAGAGACAGAGACCGUGUUUUAAUAGUGAAAAAACAUUUGUGCCGCACACAUACACCUAUCACAGUGACAUCUUUGCCUCUAUAAAACACGCCUAAAGAGGUGAUGAUGUCACUUCCCCUGAUCACGGAUGGGUUUUUCUGACGAGCGUGAAAUUAGCAUCUUGUGUGUUUCGUCUGGGCGUGUGCCGAUAGUCAUUUAUACGAUGAGCAAUAUUAUUGCGUUAUGACAUUCCUGUCACAUUCCCUAGAUAGGCAGCCUUUCUAGGCGGUUUGAAUUAGAUAAUCAAUAAUUCAAUAAUCAAUAAUCGAUUUUUUUUUUUUUAAUAAAUUAUAAAAUUGUGAUAACAUAAGAACCCAUGAAAAAUGUCGCGAUAUGAAUUAAAAAACUUGAAUAUCAGCACAUGCCUAGUUUGUCGUCCAUGUUGGCUCAAGCACACUGCGUUCUUUUAAUAAUAAAACAAAAAAAUAAAUAUAUACAAUAAAACAUUUUCUAUGUAUUUUCACAUAAAAAUGCUUUUAAAUAAAUCUGCUUACAUAAUACCGGUUGCGUGUUUAACAACUUAUACAUCUUAAUCUCCGUCUACUUUUCGAGCUCGGCUCUUAGUUCCAUCCUUUUUAAAAAUGCCAAAUCUAUUGCUUACGUAAUUUAUUAGUCGUAUAAUAUUAACAUUUCGGUGUUUAUAUGGAGAUAUCUAGCAAUGCUUGACUUUUUGCAAUCGGUUUUGAUAGUGGUGCCGCAGAUCUGUUUACGUUAAUCUGAAUCUUACUCUUAAUUUCAUGUUUUUUCGUAUUUUCAUCAAUAAUCAGGGUAGCAGAUAUGUUAUCUUACGUUAUGUUAUAUGUUAAAAAAAAAAAAAAAAUGACGAAAAAAGUUAUGUUUACAAUAUGAAUGCAAGAAAAAGGAAAACAGUUAGUACCUUAAUGUAUUAUUGCCUAAUGUUUUGCUGUGAACUCAGUAGAUGUAUUACACAUCGACACGCUCGUCUGUUUCAAAUGCCAAAUAAGUGAGUGUGCCAAAUUUAUUCCUGAAUAUAGUCGGAAUAUAAUCUGUCCUCGUUGUGAAUGUAGUCAAUACAUUCUCUACGUUUCUGUAACUCUGUACUGUUUGAUGGCCUACGCAGUGAUUCAACUAUUAUAACAGUUUGUUCCUCUUUUAAUCAUGUUGUUUCGUUCUUGAUUGAUUCACACCAACCGAAUGAUCCUAAGCCCCGGCCACACUUCAGUCCACUCAGGAAAGGUAGAAACCAAUUGGGCGUAAAACUGAAACAUAAACAACAAUAAAUUACUUUAAUAAACAGAGAAAAGCAGAAUGAGGGGGAGAAUUAAGGCAGCGUACACUAUUACAUUAUCUGGCGACUGCAUUCUUAUUGGUUGCACUGGCAUUGUGGAUGGGAACUGUGAUAUGAUUGGCUACAGUGACAUGAGGGUGAAAACUGUGUUCUGAUUGGUUACAGUGGAUUUUGGGUGUGAACUGUGGUAUGAUUGGUUACAGUGGCAAUAGCGUGGAAACUGUGUUCUGAUUGGCUGCAGUGGCAGUAGGGGUAAAAACUGUGGUCUGAUUAGUUCCAGUUCUAUUCAGGGCAUGAACUGUAGUCUGAUUGGUUACAGAGAUAUUUUGGGUGGGAACAGUGGUCUGACUGGUUAGGCUGGUGUUGGGGGCAGGAAUAUGAUUGAAUGGGUUGCAGUGGCAUUGAACUAUGAUCUGAUUGGUUAGAGUGAUAUUAGGCGAUGAAUGGUGGUUGUAUUGGUGUUGUGGGUGGGAACUGUGGUCUGAUUGGUUACAGUAUCAUUAAGGGGCGUGAACUGCAGUCUAAGUAUUUGCAGUGGCAUUAUGAUUGGGGACUGUGAUCUGAUUGGCUA